CGAGUGUUUGUAAACAGACGCAAUUCCUUCAUCACUAAAUACAAAACUGGAGUUGUUAGACUCCAGCAGCAACGACGACACCAUUCACUCCACCAACUUGAAUAGAAAAUUAAUCAAAAUUAAGAAGUUUAAGCUGGACGAUAUGAAAGAAAUGGUGGGCGGAUGCUGCGUUUGUUCGGACGAGCGGGGGUGGCCGGAGAACCCGCUCGUCUACUGUGACGGCCAAAACUGCACCGUUGCUGUGCAUCAGGCAUGUUAUGGCAUCGUUACCGUACCCACCGGUCCCUGGUAUUGUCGUAAAUGCGAAUCCCAGGAGCGCACUUCGCGCGUGCGCUGCGAGAUUUGCCCCUCGCGAGAUGGAGCCCUCAAGAAGACUGACACCAGCGGCUGGGCGCAUGUCGUCUGCGCCCUCUACAUACCCGAGAUUCGAUUUGGCAAUGUGACCACAAUGGAACCCAUUAUAUUGACCCUUAUACCGCAGGAGCGCUACUCUAAAACCUGCUACAUAUGCCUGGAGAUCGGAAAACCGAACCGUGCCAAUGUCGGGGCCUGCAUGCAGUGCAACAAGGCCAACUGCAAGCAACAGUUCCAUGUGACCUGUGCCCAAAGCUUGGGCCUGCUCUGUGAGGAGGCUGGCAACUACCUAGAUAAUGUCAAAUACUGCGGCUAUUGCCAGCAUCAUUACAGCAAAUUGAAAAAGGGCGGAAACGUCAAAACUAUACCACCCUACAAACCCGUACAACAUGACACCUCCUCCGAUUCGUGCUCGUCGCCUGAGAAGGAAAUCGAUUCGACCAUGAACUCGGCAUCCACAUCUGCAACAAGCAUUAAGAUAACAAGCAGUAGCUUAGCCGCUAGCUCAUCGAGCUUGCCGAGCGGCGGAAACACCGUUUCAUCCUCAUCGAAGCAGCGCAAAUCGAAUGCCUCUGGUAAAUCUUCGGUAUCAUCAGGCAGCAGCUCCGGAACAGCAACGGGGCUGCCAAACUCCACAAGCUCAUCGAGCUCAGCUGUGGUUACGAACACCUCCUCUGCUGGCAGCUUUCUGGCCGGCAACAGCAGUAGCAGCACAAUCUCUACUAGCAAUAACAGUACCAUGAGCAACUCCUUGACGAGUUCUAUUAGUGGCAGCGUUGCAGCCCCGAUCCCAGGCAGUGGAAGUGCCAUGGGCAGCAGUAGCAAUACCAAUGUGACUGGAGCCGGCAGCAGCAGCAGCUCCAGCAAUGCAAUAGGGCAAAGCAAUUCAACCACUAAGUCAUCGGCUACCAGCUCCAGCAGCAGCUAUAAGGAUAAGCAUAGUAAAAGUUUGGGCAAGCAAUCCGGCUCUGGUUCCAGCAAGGACAAGGAUAAGGAUAAGGAUGGCGGUAGUAAUUCAUCAAACAAUAGCUUUUCCCACUCAUCAACCUCUUCUUCGUCUUCAUCCUCCUCGUCGUCACGCGACAAAUCGUCAAAGUCAUCGAAAAACAAAGAAAGCUCCAAAGAAGCUGCCAUCGUUGCUGCCAGCAGCAGCAGCAGCAAUGCAACAAGCAGCAGCAACAUGCCCAGUGCCAGCAACAUUACAGCCAACAACAGCUCCACUUCAACAGCUCAUGUAUCGAGUAGUGGCAAUGCUGGCAGCAGUCUAGCUGCUGCCUCGAUCAAUGAACAUAGUAAUCAUGCCCAGAAUCUUAGUACGUCGGCUCUCAGCAGCUCAACGGGCAGCGCCUCGGGCAAAAUGCAAUUGGCGGGCAACUUGGGCGGCGGUUUCGGCGCCGAGCUGCAUGCCACAAGCAGUAGCAACAGUAGUGCCGCCGUGAAGGAUGCGUCGUCAUCCUUUGCCGGUAGCAGCAAUACAAGUAACUUGGAUAGUUUGUCGGGCGCUGGUACGUCCACAAACAGCACUCUCAACCCGCUUGGCCUCGGCUCCAACAGCACUAAUCCAGGCAGUGGCAGCAGCAGCAACAGUAAGGUAGCUGCAUCAGUUGCAAAUGCCACAUCCACAACAACAUCAAGCCACAACCUGGCACCCUCAGCCAGCAGCUCCACAGUUUCCAAAAAGCGUAAGGUGGACGCUGCUAAAGCAGUUACCAGCAUCAACCUGGAAGAUCACAAUAGCUCAUUUCGGGAUAUUAUUAAGGAUGUGCACGUGACUCUGACGCCACUAACGGACUUCGAGAAGGAAAUCGAGAAAAGCUCCAAGCGGCAACGCACUGAAUUGAGUCCACCCACGCAUCAAACAUCCGCCACCGCUGAGGUGAAUGCCACGUUAGCUACCACAGUACCAAGCGCAGCGAUAGCACCAAGUGGCACGACGAUAGCAACCACUGCGAGCACUUCAAUUGCCUCCACCAUCUCGACGAGCAGUGCAAGCAGCUUGGUGGGUGGUGCAGCCAUUGGUGGCUAUGCGAAAUCAGAGGCAAGCAAAACAAUUAGCAGUAGCAGCAGCAGCACCGGCAGCACCGGCAGCAGCAACAGCAAGCAUGGCAACAGCAGCAGCAGCAACAAGGACGGCAGCAGCACUGUCACAAGUGGAGCAGGUGGCACCAGCAACAGUAGCAGCGGUGCACCCAGCUUGUAUGUUUCGGUGCCGUUGUCCACGGCCAAUGUACCUGGCAUCAAUCUGCCCAACAGCAACAGCAGCAGUGGUGAGUUCAACAGCACGCCCAAAUUGAAAUAAAUAGCAUGCAUUUAUCAUUUCCUUCAAUCCCACACAGAAAUGCACCCAGCUCAGGCGGCACAGUCACCGCUGACCGUCGGCAGCGCAUUUGCAACGGGCACAGCGACAGCGGCAACUGCGGCUGGCGGUGCGACCAGCUCUGGCUCUGUUAUACAGCAUCAGAGCGGAAAGUCGUCGCCAGCGCUGGGCGGGCUGGUGAGCAGCAGCGCCAGCUCGGUCAACCUGACGGCCACCACGACGGAGAGCGGAAACUUGAAGAUCAGCUUUGAGAAGCAGACGACUCGUGUGCAGCAGCUGCAGGAGCAGGAGUCGGCGCCGGCGCGACGCAGCAGAUCGCGCUCUGGUGAGAAUGGUAAUCAUCACCACCAUCACCCAGCUCACCAAACCCACCACAAUCACCACCAAACAACGCAACCACAGCAAUCACAAUCGUCGCAGCAUCAACAACAGCAACAACAACAAUCGCUGCUUACCAGCGCAUCCUCCUCCACGUCCAAUUCAUCGCUGACCACGCCCACCAAACCGCAGUCACGAUCGGGCAAGAAGCGAGCUGCUGCGCUCAACAAAAGCGAAGCAACAGCUGCCGCCACAGCAGCAGCAGCAACAUCGGCAUCUGCAGCACUGAGCCGCAGUAGCAGCGGCAGUCGCCACAGUUCGCCCCACUAUCGAGCCACGCCCACACCACCGCCACAAGCUCUGGCACCGGCAAACUCAUCGCCGGUGGUCAUGUUGCAGGCGUUAUCCUCCUCCUCCAUUGACUCGCCGCCGGCAACAACUCGCAAUACGCGUAACCAAAAUAACAGCAGCAGCAACAACAAUAGCCAAAGCCAUGCUGCUGGCACAGAUCAUGCCGGCAGCUCAGCAUCCUCCUCGUGCUCCUCCACUUCCUCAAUGUCCUCAGCCAGCAGCAAUGCUGUUAUCAGUCUCUUAGACUCGCCCGUCAACAUGUCCACGCAGGCCCAGCAACCUGUUGCCGGUUAUAACAGCAGAGCUACCAACAGCAAUGGCAACAGCAACAGCAACAAUGUUGCUGGGAACAGUGCUGCCAAGCCGUUGAAUAAGAAAAUGUUGCGGGCGCAGCAAGCGCAGCUGUAUCAGCAACAGCAGCAGCAGCAACAACAACAACAGCAGCAACAUGUUAGUUUAAGCAAUGCACCACCCGCUAACGUCUCCUCACCCACUAAUCUUAGCUCAGCCAGUAGUCAAUUUAGUCAACAGCAACAACAGCAGCAACAGCAACAACAACAACAGCUUAAGCAACACCAAGAUUUAGAAAUUUUGCAAUUUAUUAAUACAAAUACAAAUGCUUCUUCCAUGACGACAACAACAACCACACCAUCAUCAUCAUCGUCAUCCAUCUCAGCAGCAACCAGCAACAGCAGCAACGUCAAUGCCAUCGGCAGCAGCAGCAGCAGUCUGUUAGGCGUCAGCAGCAACAUGAACAACACCGGCAACAACAACAGCAGCAGCAGCGGCGGCCUCAAGUUCAGCUACGAGGCACAAACGAUCAGCAGCCAGUUGGAUGUGCCCAUGCUGCCGGUUAGUGCCAUCAAGGACUCGCCGCCCAGUUCGCCCGGCUCGGAAAUUGGCGCCGCAUUGCACACGGCGAUAGCAGCGCCAAUCACGGCCAGCAGCAAUGUGCGUAAGCGUGGUCGUAAGGCCAAGGAUGCGACACUGACAGCGGCUGCUGCCUCGGCAGCAGCAGCAGCAACAGUGACCGCCACUCAACCAGAUCUCAAGGAUGUGCGCAUCCUGCAAAAUGGCAUCGGAGCUGCCACCGUGCCAGCCAGCACGCCCACGCCCCCCGCCACGCCUGCCACGAGUGUGACGAGCGUCAGCGGCAGCAGCACCACUCCCAGCUCCGGCUCCGGCUCUGGCGCUGGCAACACCAUCAUAACGCACACAGCCACCCACAUGCUGGGCAAUCAUGUUAAUCCCAACAGCAGCGUGGCCCAGAAGCUGUCCGAACAAUUGCACAUGGAAGUGCAGGAUCAUGCCAUCUACACGCCCGACUCCAUGACAUCGCAAUUUACAGGUGUGCCGUUUCCCGGCAAGCAGCGCAAUUCCAACGCCGCGGCUGCUGCUGCGGGCAGUGCAACGCCGGCGCCGAAUCCGUUGCAAUCCAUGUUUGGUGGCGGCGGCAUCAAUGGCAACAUGCCCAUACCGCAGAGCUUGGAACAGCUGCUGGAACGCCAGUGGGAACAAGGCUCCCAGUUUCUGAUGGAGCAGGCGCAGCAUUUUGACAUUGCCUCACUGCUUAACUGCCUUCAUCAGCUGCAGAGCGAGAAUUUGCGGCUCGAGGAGCAUGUGACCAGCCUAAUAGCACGACGUGAUCACCUGCUGGCGGUCAAUGCCCGACUCCAGAUACCGCUCAACAAUGCAAUCAACAAUGCCAAAGCCGAGACGCAUGGUAAGUAGUGGCAUCCACUCAUAGCACUUGGUGUCGGCACCCGCAACACACAUACACACACCCACUCACCCACACACACAUAACUACAAAUACAUGGUUAAUGGAGGCGCCUACAAAAUGAAUUUAAGUUUUUGUAAUUAAUUGUACUGUACAUAUAUU